AUGAAUCGCCAGCAGUCCAGACCUGGGCCAUACAAAAAAAAGAGUGCAGUUAUUAAGGCAGGUCUAAAUGAAUCAUGCUCAAAAAUUCAGCCACAUUAUUUUAAUAUUCUACGAAACCAUACAAAUGCUGUUGAGCAAUCACACCAAAAAUCAUAUGCUUCAGGGAAAUAUUUGACUUUGGCUGAAGCAGCUCGGAAUUCUGCAAAACUUGACAAAGAUGAUAUUCUUCAAUAUCAUAAUUUUCAGCAGUUCAAUAUUCAUCAUUCAUAUCGAGCUUCUACAAUGGAGGCAAACUAUCUGCGACACAUGAGUCGGGAAAGAAGAGGCCAUAAACGUCAGCGAUUAUCUUCAACAGCUGAAUCAGAGAGGCAAGCAAGCAGUCAAAAUUUUGAAAUCUCACAUGAAAAUUCAAGAGGUUCUUCUUCUCAGGUUGCUGAUAAUGAAUCUACAACCUCAUCACGGAAUCUUCGCCGAGUGGCUUCAACAAACAUACUGACAAUUGAACAACGCCGUCAAGAAUUAGAAUUACGAGACCUGGAGGCAGAAGUCAAAAGGAAAGAAGAAGAAGUUCGCUUGAAACAGCUUCAAAAUGAGCAAUUAGAGCUGGAACUUAUGAGGCAGCGGAUUCAAAUUCAGGAACAGCAGCAAACUGAUUAG